UUAGUGUUCACAACGAAUCCCGACUUAAACGAGAUAAGAGUUACAGAUCGUGCCUCGCAUUAACAUACACAGUGGGCCUUUCUAUCCGUUUGAAUUGCAUUUGAAUUUAAACUCUGCAAAUGAUUAUAUCUAUGAAACAUGAAUUAGGGAAUUUCACACACAAAUCGCACGCAGUUGAGAUUAAAGGAUAUGACAAUCUGCUUGCUGGAAUUGGAAAUGGAUGCAACCUUCUCUCUUACAAUCCUACAAUGAAGAAGAAGAGGAGAAAGAGGGCGACCUUGAAUAUUCUUAUUGCAGAAAACGUAAGUUUUGAGAAUUGCUCUGAUGGGGAAUCAACCUCAGCCUCAACCUCCGCCUGUUCAAGACACUCUCAGGAAGGUGGACCAAGCCAUGGCUCGGCUCCAAGAGAUUCAAUGCACUAUUGCUGGAGGUUCUAAAUUAUGUGGAGGAAUUGCUUUGAGUCCAAGAAGCACCAGAGGGUACCUGCGGACCAGCCUAAGGUGCAAGGAAGAAUCCCUAAGGAUGAAGGAGUUGGCCAUGAUUGUGGAUGAAGAGACUAACCCAGACAAAGGUCAACAAAUUGUUAGAUCGUCCAGUCUCAGACGUUCGAGCUCUAAUGGAGAAUGGAGACGAUGGUCAACGCCGGCAUUCCUCAUCCAGCAGGCAGUUGGUGAAAUUAUGGAAGCUAGCAAUUUGACCAAAGAAGUAGCUCACCUUGUUUCAAAUUCAAUUGAAGAUAAGCCUACAGAAUCUCCUAAAUCUGCACAGAACAGUUUGAAUGAAAAACCAAUGGUUGACGAGCAGAAUGAAUCUAGUUGUCAUUCCGAUGUCAAACAUUUCAUCAUUGAAACUGAAAGUCAACAUACUGACUUUGGAGAAAAGGCUGGAUUGCAGACAUUUGGGUCCAAACUUCCAGAAAAUCCAGUACACAGUUUUAAAGUAAUAUAUAAGGACACUUCAUCCUUAAAACACCAUAGAAAGAUUGAAAAGGAAGAAUAUGCUGCAAGGGUAAGACCUGAAUCACCUAAUCCAAACACAAGAUUUCAAAGACAAAUGAGCUUUCGGGGUUCUGAUCAAGUUAAAAAGCAAGGAGGAGCAAAAAUCUUGCCCUCGUCUCUACCUGUUUCGCAUUGCUCAUCUCCAGUUAGGUUGAUCAAGGAGAAAACAACUCCUGCAAAGCCGCUUUUAAAAGUGGAGCAGAUUAAACCUGUACGUAAUUCAUGGAUAUCUCGUUCAAGUUCUACUAAGGCAAUAAUGUUUCCUAAUCCAACUUUUGUUCCUUCCCCCUUGAAGAAUAAUCCAGAGGUCAAAAGCACAAAUGCCUCCAUGAAAAGGAAAUCACUACCUUCUGUCAAGGAUCUGAAAUCUUUAAGAAUUACAGAUUACCCUUGCAAUAAAGAAGAGCAUUCUGGGGUUUGCAUGGUUGCCGACUCUCCAACAGUGAGAAAAUCUUCAUCAUUUACAUGGAUGUCUCGUUCAAGUUCUACUAAGGCAAUUAUGUUUCCUAAUCCAGCUUUUGUUUCUACCCCCUUGAAGAAUAAUCGAGAGGUCAAAAGCACAAAUGCCUCCAUGAAAAGGAACUCACUACCUUCUGGCAAGGAUCUGAAAUCUUUAAGAAUUACCGAUUACCCUUGCAAUAAAGAAAAGCAUUCUGGGGUUUGCAUGGUUGCCGACUCUCCAACAGUGAGAAAAUCUUCAUCAUUUUCAUGGAUGUCUCGUUCAAGUUCUACUAAGGCAAUAAUGCACAAUCCAGAGGUAAAAAACACAAAUGCCUUCAUGAAAAGGAACUCACUACCUUCUGUCAAGGAGCUGAGAUCUUUAAGAAUUUCCGAUUACCCUAGCAAUACAGAAGAGCAUUCUGAGUUUUGCACGGUUGUGGACUCUCCAGCAGUGAGAAAAUCUUCAUUUUUUUCUGCGGCUUACCAACCCAGCUCCUCAAAGUCAAUAAAGCAAUCACCGAUGUCUUCACUGCUGAACAGAACACUCAAGAAAUUUCAUGUUACCAAAAUUUCCACGCCUAGUAGCCCCCAGAGCCCUUCGAAACUUGAUGCAAAAACAAAACUUGAAGCAAUCCCUGGCCUCCAGAAAAGUGAGAGUCUCAGGUUUGGUUCAUCUUCCAAAAUGCAAGAUUUCUUGGUCAGAAGGCAUUCAAUGUCUAGUUGUGAUCCACCUGCAGAAAGCAAGGUUUCUCGGCUGUCAAAGCAGCAUAUUAAAGCAUUAGUCCAGCUUCCCAAGAAGAUUAGCUCUGUCAUAUUGCAUCCCCAGUCUGUUCCUCGGGUUGGGGAUGUUGCUAGGGAAAAUGGUGUGACGACAGAAGCAGAGGAGGGUCCCAGAAUGAGGAAGAUCGAUUCCAUCCUUUCCGAGAGAAGAAAAUCAGAAAUUUUAGCUUCAUCGGCAGAAGAUGUCAGAAAACAAGGUGUUAACCGGAUGGAGGAUCAUUAUAUGCAAUCGAGUGUACCCAUUAUGGAAAACAUUUCAGUAAAUGAAAAACAACGUGGACGCCAUGUUCAGAAGUGUAAUAACCCUCUCAACUCUACAAAAGAAAGACAUCUCAGGCCUAUUUCCAUCAAUUCUGCACGCAACAGCUUCAGCAGGCACGAAAACAACACAGGUUCAUUAAAAGAAAAGCUCUAUACAACCGAAUCAAAAGAUAAACUCCAGACGCAGAAAAUUAAAUUGCAGAGAAAGGAGAACAGAGACAAUGUCAAAGAUGGAGAGGAAAAAGACAAGGCAAUGAAGAAAUCAACUGGAUUUCUAAGAAACAGCUGGUCAUUUACACCUGACAAUACCAGAUCAUCCCAUAAAGAGAAGCUUCACACUGUCACAGGGGGGUUGCCUUUUCUUAAGAAUGUCAAGUAAUGGGUGUCCUUGCAAAGGAGUGCCAGCAGCAUUAAUCGGUGAUAUUGCAUCUUUGCAUUUAAAUGCAUCUUGUUUACCAUUUUUUUACAUAAACAACAUUUCUGUGUUAUAUAAUCAAGUGUGCAUUUUCAAUAUUUGUAAGAAAUCUGACAUGUUGAUCCAGUGGACAACAUUUCAGCGUUAUAUAUUCUAGUGGGCAUUUUCAAUAUUUGUAGAAAAUCUGAAAUGUUAAUCCAUUGGAUAACAUUUCAGUGUUAUAUAUAUUCAAGCAGGCAUUUUCAAUAUUUGUAGGAAAUCUGAAAUGUUCAUCCAUUGGAUAGUUUCAGGGAUUGGUCCAAUUCUUAUUAUUAUGAUCAGUAUUGUUCCUGUAGUCACUAGAGUGACUGGGUGCUCUCAAUCAUUACUUGGUUUGUCAAUUCUUUCACAAAAAUUUUCUUAGCUCCUGGAUUCGCAUGAGGUCAGUUUACAAGGUGGUGUGGAAUUGACAGGAGAUAUCAGAAAAACAUUUAUUCCCUCUAUUGUAUCAAAUUAAAAAUAAUCUUGUAAUAAUACGAUUAACGCUCAUUUGUUUUACUUGGUAAGUUUUUGUUUUUUUUGGUGUAAUAUUAGCAUCAUCCAAGCUGUUUCCAUGUA